AUGAUACAAGAAGACAAAAAAUAUUGGUCACUUGUAACAUUUGAGAAUGGGAAAAUUCAAUUCAAUGAGGAGGUGGCAAGAGCUACAUUUGCUUCUUCUAAAUAUGCCCCGUUUAAGAUCCAUUUGGUCAGCGUAAUCGGCCCGACAGGAACCGGGAAAAGCUUUUUGAUCGCCUUUUUGGCUGAAGGGUCAGACCAUGACUUAAUCAAUGGUCGUUUCCAAAGCGGAUAUGAUCGUGUCACGGAGGGAAUCAAAAUUUUCCACAGCCCGAUGAUUUUCAUGGAUGAGAAAGAAGUUGAGCAUGCUGUUUUCUUUCUUGACACCCAAGGCACUUUCGACCUUCAAAGUGAUCCAGAGAUCUCCGAGUGGAUCACAACGUUGAACUUGUUGAUUUCCGAUAUACAGAUAGUCAACUUGAAAGGAAAUAUCACUGGUGAGGAUUUGCGAACGAUUCAUCGAGCCACCGAGAUCGCUGCAGCGAUGGGGAAUCAGCAAAUGGCUAGGAAUCUCCUGUUCAUGAUUCGAGACGCUGCCCAGCCAAAUGUGGAUGGUGCCGAGUUUCUCAAUAGAAUCUGGUCACAACGAUCCAACUCGAAAGAAUUGGAAGAGAUAGUCAACUCUUUACAAAGAAGAUAUCCACAAGGAAAAGCUAGAUGCAUUUUGACCCAGAUGCCUUCAAAUGAAUUGGUGAAAGCUUCUGGAUUCGCGAUUAUGCGAGAAAGCGACAUGGAAAUUCUUCGUCGUUUCAACGACGUGAAGGGAUUUAUCAAGCAAACAGUUGCUUUUAACGAUCGAGCGUUUCAAAGCCAAGCGGAUCAUGUUCUUUAUUGGAAGAACGCUAUCGAUUUCCUGAUGAACUAUGCUCCAAAAAUCACAACAACCACUCAAAAAGAUUAUCAAAAAAGAAGUCAGGAUCUCACUGAAGAGAGAAGGGUGAAAAUGGAAGAAGAACGGGUGCAAGAGAUUGUUGAAAUGGGAAGGAAAAGGAUACAAGAUCUCGAGUCGAUCGAAGAGGCGUUAAAAUUUCAUCAAAGUGGACUUAUCCGGGAAACUGCUAGAGAUUUGAUUCGAAGACAGAACCAAGUGUUGCGAGAGAAAUUGCAGAAGGAAACCAGUGAAUCUACGAACAAAGACGGAUUUCUGAGAGAGAUGGAGGAUCAACUUGGACUUUUGCAAGUUGAAGUGGCCAAUGUGAUCACUAUUCUUUCAGUGACAAGCGAAGAGAUUAAACCGGUUCUCGAUGAUGCCCGGAAUGAGUUCAUGAAAACGGUUGAAAACGCGUUGAAGUUCGGCGAGAAGAUUCAUCAGUACAAAAUGGAAAAGCUGCGGAAACAGAAAGAAGCCGAAGAGUUAAAGGCUAAAGAGGAUUUGGCUGCAGAAAGUCCAGUUGUCCAAGGAACCAAAAACUCAAUUCUUGAUGGAUUUAAAAGAAACUUGGAAGAAUUAUCCCAGUGUUACAAGCAAAGUGGGCUGGUUGAGCGAAAGGAAAUCUUUAUGCAAGCUAUUUGUUUCAAAGGUAGGAAUUAUCUGCAAGAGAUGGAGCACGAAAUACGGUCUUUGAUUGCUGAGAACUAUGAGAGAACCACACAAAGUGUUUUUAAGCCAACAAAAGAAGAACUGUUCAAAUCAAUGCCAGAACCUGCUUUAACCAGUUGCUCGCCGAACGUUCAAGGCCUGAAAGAACACAUGAAGAUCUGCAACGAGCUGAUGAGAGGAUAUGAUAAAAAUAUUGAUGAAGCCCAGGAUUACUUUCAGGAUCAAGCUUUUCGCUUCGAGCUCUCAUGUCUCGAACAAAAUGGCUCCUUCUUUCUGGUAGUCGGUUUGAUUGAAGAUUUCAAUCGAAUGGCCGAGCUCAUUUUCAUGGAAAAAUUCGAUAAGCCACUUUUCCAAGCUUUUGUUUUGUCGACCAGUGAAAAGAAAAAGAUCUCUGAUUUGAAAAAGCCGUUGACGACAAAGGGAAUAAGGCCUUGUGUUGAAUACCCAAAAGUGCAAAGACACUUUCUUGCUACCUUGGACAAAAUGUACAAAGAAUACUAUGGGAAUCGAACAUUCAAGUGGCUGAAAGCAACGGUAGCGACAAUUCGGUCAUCAUUCGAGAACAUUCUCUAUUCUCGCGAUUUCCGAGAAGCCUUGGAGUCCACUUUGGACUCAUUGAUCUUGGAAUUCUGGUUGAAGGCUUUAUUGAUUGAAUACCCAAAGAAAGACAGCGUUUUCUUGUUGGAAUUGUACUCCUAUUUGGUCGACAGCAUUCAUGACGUGCCAAAGAAAACUAGUUACAAGAAUCAACUCAAGAAGAGAAUUGAAGGAGGGAAA